CGGAGGAGAAUGGAGUGACAGGGCGGCCGCAGGCUGGGGGGCGGGGGGCGCGCCGCGGGAGGGGGGAGGGGAGCCGGGAGGAGGACGCGGCGGCGGCGGCGGCGGCGGCGGAGGCUCUGCGCGGCGGGGGACGCCGGGCGCGCGGGGCAGGGAUAAUGCGGUAGGCGCGGCGGGCGCCCGGCGGCGGCUCCGGCUCCGGCCCCGGCCCGGCGGCGGCGGCGGCGGCUCCCUCGGCGGCGCCCCAGGAGGCGCUGACAGCCCCGCCGGCCGGCCCCCCCGCUGCCCGCCGACUGUCAAUGGAGCUGGAAAACAUCGUGGCCAACACGGUCUUGCUGAAAGCCAGGGAAGCGAACAAGAGAGAGGAGAGACAUAACAGCACUGCUUCACCGUCCAUGAAGCCUCCUCCCCAGCGAUGUCCAUGGUCCUGCCAUGUGGUGCCUGAGUUCACACCAAAGACCUUGUGCCAGACAGGGGGCGGAGGGAAACGCAAAGGGAAAAGCAAAAAGUGGAAGGAGAUCCUCAAGUUCCCGCACAUCAGCCAGUGUGAAGAGCUCCGGAGGACCAUCGACAGGGACUACUGCAGCCUCUGCGACAAGCAGCCCAUCGGGAGGCUGCUCUUCCGACAGUUCUGUGAGAGCCGGCGUGGCCUGGAGCGCUCCAUCCAGUUCCUGGACUCCGUGGCAGAAUAUGAAGUCACUCCAGAUGAGAAGCUGAGGGAGAAGGGGAAGGAGAUCAUGGCCAAGUACCUCACCCCAAAGUCUCCAGGCUUCAUCACGCAAGUCGGCAGGGAGCUGGCCUCGCAGACGGAGGAGAAGCUCCUUAAGCAGCCCUGUAAGGACGUCUUCGCUGCCUGUGUCCAGUCUGUCCACGACUACCUGCAGGGGGAGCCCUUCCACGAGUACCUGGACAGCAUGUACUUCGACCGCUUUCUGCAGUGGAAGUGGCUGGAGAGGCAACCGGUAACCAAAAACACCUUCCGGCAGUACCGAGUCCUCGGGAAAGGUGGUUUUGGCGAGGUGUGCGCGUGUCAGGUGCGGGCCACGGGGAAGAUGUACGCCUGCAAGCGCCUGGAGAAGAAGCGCAUCAAGAAGCGGAAGGGCGAGUCCAUGGCCCUGAACGAGAAGCAGAUCCUGGAGAAGGUCAACAGCCGCUUUGUGGUGAGCCUGGCCUACGCCUAUGAGACCAAGGACGCCCUGUGCCUGGUCCUGACCAUCAUGAACGGGGGUGACCUCAAGUUCCACAUCUACAACAUGGGGAACCCCGGCUUCCAGGAGGAGCGGGCCUUGUUCUACGCGGCCGAGAUCCUGUGCGGCUUGGAGGACCUGCACCGCGAGAACACCGUCUACAGAGACUUGAAGCCCGAGAACAUUCUGCUGGAUGACUAUGGUCACAUCAGGAUCUCGGACCUGGGCCUGGCCGUGAAGAUCCCUGAGGGAGACGCGAUCCGUGGCCGGGUGGGCACGGUGGGCUACAUGGCGCCCGAGGUCCUCAACAACCAGCGCUACGGUCUGAGCCCCGACUACUGGGGCCUGGGCUGCCUCAUCUAUGAGAUGAUCGAGGGCCAGUCGCCCUUUCGCGGCCGCAAGGAGAAGGUCAAGCGGGAGGAGGUGGACCGGCGUGUGCUGGAGGUGGAGGAGGCCUACUCAGCCAAGUUCUCCGCGGAGGCCAGGUCCAUCUGCAGGAUGCUGCUCACCAAGGAUGCCAAGCAGCGGCUGGGCUGCAGAGAGGAAGGGGCUGCAGAGGUGAAGAGACACCCCUUCUUCAGGAACAUGAACUUCAAGCGCCUGGAGGCCGGCAUGCUGGAGCCACCCUUCGUGCCUGAUCCCCGAGCCGUCUACUGCAAGGACGUGCUGGACAUCGAGCAGUUCUCCACUGUCAAAGGCGUCAACCUGGACCACACGGACGACGACUUCUACUCCAAGUUCUCCACCGGCUCCGUGUCCAUCCCCUGGCAGAGCGAGAUGAUCGAGACAGAGUGCUUUAAGGAACUCAACGUGUUUGGCCCCCACGGUACCCUCUCACCAGACCUGAACAGGACCCACCUCCCGGAGCCCCCCAAGAGGGGGCUGCUACAGCGGAUCUUCAAGCGUCAGCAUCAGAACAACUCCAAGAGUUCCCCCAACUCCAAGGCCAGUUUUAACCACCAUGUGAAUUCCAACCACGUGAGCUCCAACUCGACAGGGAGCAGCUAGUGGCAGCUGUGGCGUCACCGUCCACCGUGGGACCAGCCCAGACCAGCCUCCCAGGAAACGCAAGGUGACCAGGGGACCCCAGGCUCCGGCCAGGGAGGACCCCCAGCCCCGCGGCCCAGGGCUGGGGCCCCACCCGCCGAGCCCCCCUCCCCGGAUCCCACUCAGGUCUGUUUCCAGAGGCGGCCGAGAGCCGGGGGGGUCACCCACCCGGAGUUGUCUCUGUGGAACUUUGCAAUAGAAAUCUGCUCGGACACGACCACGACGACUCACCCGCGUUUUCCUAGCGUCCUCACUAGAACUGAAUUUUUUGUCUCUAUUAUUUUUUGAGAAGAAAAAAAAAGUUUUUGUAAAUUUCUCUAUUGUCUCAGUUUACAUUUUUGUAUAUUUGUAUUUAAAUGGAAGCCCGGCGUGCAAGGGUGUGUAUUUUCUGUGUAGACAACUUAAAGCCAUGUGUUUCAGACAUUUGAGAGAAGGCGGAGGGGUGGGACAGACACACACACACACACACACACACACACACACACACACACUGUGACUCUGUCAGACUUGCAGAGCCUCCAGUGAGAAGUCUGUUUCUAUUAAAUGUAGAGAAUGGUUCACAGCUCA